GAUAAACCUAUUUAAUUAUUUAUUCAAAAAUUUUAUUAAGCGUCGUUGACUUGCCCGGCACUAAAGAUAAGAUUGUCAUUUGUAUUCGUUCAAACUGUUUUGAUCAGUGACAGUGACAGUGGAAGCCAUAUUAUUUUUAGCACUUCAAACACCCACCCUACUGGGAGAAGAGAACAUUAUUUUUAAAGUUUCAGCGCUGUAAGCUUCCAAAUAGAAUGCUUGAAUAGUAACUGUGUAAUUGGUUUCCAACGACAAAGCACCUUACAAUCUACAGGAAGAUACAAUACUAUCAAUUAUAUAUAUCUGUAUCCCUGACUCUGUUAUCUGAAGGGGCGGGCCAAAGGAUGUGAAGAUAUGCAGCCACUCAAUUUCAAUUUUCCUACAUAUUCUUUAAAUCAUAGUAUUUCUGUGUCAAAAAUUCUUUGCCAGUAACAAUUUAAAUAGCAAACAGUAGCACCACGUACACUAUGCCAAGUUGAAAGUGAAAUGUAUGAACGUCUUUGCCAACAUGUUCUCAGGACUACAAAGACAAUUUAUAUUAUUAAAAUUAAUUAUGAUAUUUGGCGUAACGUUCAUGUUGUUUGUAAUAUUAUUAAAUUUACUAUGUAACUCAUGUUUACAUGCAAGCAAACAUGUGAAAAUUGCAAAUUAUCUCAGUAGUGAAAAUUACAAGCAUAGUAAUCUAGAGAGCAAUAAAUCUGUUGUAUCCAUGUUUUCCACAGAAGAAAUGAAAAACAUAAGAAUGCAACUGAAUUCUAGAAAAAAUGAAUUGGAGCAAUAUUGUAAAACCAUUGGUAGAACAAGUUCAAACCUAGACAAUGUGUUGUCAAACAUGAUUAUUGAUACAACACAUGGAUUGUCGUGGUGCCCUAUUUAUAAAGCAGCAAGUUCUACAUGGAUGAAGCAUUUUGCUAUACUUGGAGGUGUAUUAACAGAAUCAGCCAUGGAAUUAAUACGCAAGAACAUUUUACAGAUCAACACCAUUGUUAGAAAAGCAUUUCCACGUGAUCGAGAUGUUAAAAAAGCAUAUCAGAAAUUAAACACGACGAUAAAGUUUCUAAUAGUGCGUCAUCCGUUUGAACGUCUCGUAUCCGCAUACAGAGAUAAAUUAGAACAUAUAGAAGGAAGAGAUUAUUAUUAUAAAAGAUUUGGACGUCAUAUAGCGCACAAGUACCAUCGUUAUAGAAAACCAAGCGAAACGAAAUUAGAACCCACAUUUGCAGAAUUUCUUCGAUUUAUAGUGGAAGAAAAAUACUUUGAUGAACAUUGGGCACCAUUUAUCGAUACUUGCGAACCUUGUUUAAUUCCGUACAAUUACAUUUUAAAAUUUGAUACUUUCGAUAGAGAUCAAAAGUUCCUGAUACAAGAAUUAGGUUUAAAUGAAUACCUGUAUGAAAAAAAUGACUUGAAAAAUAUAAAUCCACGUGGAGUUACAACUACUGCUUUAGUUAAAGAAUACAUGCAAAACGUUCCUAGACCAUUGCUCGACGAAAUUAACAAAGUUUAUGAAAAUGAUUUCAAACUUUUUUCCUAUUUACCCAUAUGAUAACACAAAAUACUCAAAAGUAACAGUAGAAACAAAAGUGUGAUAAGUGACUGCAUUUAAUUCUUAUUAAUACAAGUUAAGCAAUAAUAAUCUCUGCCAUAGAAUUAACAGUUUUUAAAUUUUUUAAUUGAAAUUAUUUUAUUUGUUCUUACUUGUCCAUAGUGGUGUAUAACGUAAUACUGCCAUGAUAUAUAGUUGCAAUAUUAAUUGUGGAGCAGCCCCCAUAAACGACUCAAAUAAAUGCAACAUACAUAUAUCACUUUCCUGUCUAUAUACCCAAUUCUUAUCCUUCACAAAUCGUUUGCUCCUUAAUGAAUAUAUCGUAGAACAAAGUAAAAUUAAAUACCUAGAAAUAAAAUUAUUGACCCUGUCAGAAAAACAAAAACACUAUCAACUGGCUAGUUGAUAGAAACAAGCUUAACAUAAUACCUGUGUAAUACUCCUAAGAAUAAAAAAUGCAAUAACCAAUGUAUAUUCUUAAUGGAACCGUCGCUGUGAUACCAUCUCAAACUAAACAUUUGAAUAACGGCUGCAGGUAAAAUUGCAAAGCACAAAGCAAAGCAUCCCCAAACAAAUUCGCCUUGCAAAAAAUAUCCCAUAAAUACAAUACUAUCUACAACAAAAAUAUUUCAUAGCAACGUUUAUACGUUACAAAAUUUUUAUUGUCAUUUUUAUUCCAUUGUUCCAAACAGUACAUCAUUCACUUUCAACAUGUAUUCAUCACUUGUAUAAAAGUUCAAGUCCUGUAAUGCGAGUGAUUUUUAAAAAAGUGCUCUCAAGGAAAGUUUUUGCACACUGAUUACAUGUUACUAUGUUACUUUAUGCAUGAAGAGAAGAUUUACAAAAAUUAUGAACAAUUUCGAAAUGUAACUUUUAUGUGAUUACAAUCGUGACACAAAA